UUCAUCCUCUUCCUCAGUCCUCAAGCUGCCGCAGCUACCAAACAAACUCUCUCCCAACCGCCGAUCUGCUUCUUCUCCUCCCUCCUAUAGUACCCCUUUUGUCUCUCCACGCCCAGCCAACAACCAACCAACCACGAGCUUAUUAUCAGCAACAAGCCAAACUGAUCGAUCACACCGGCGGCCAAUAGUCAAAGCCACAGCAAGAUUCCUAGUAUAGUAGCUAGAGAGCGAAUAAGUAUAGUAGUUGGCUAGAGGUAGACGACGACAUGCCGCCGUCGCAGCAGGACCUGCCGGUGGUGGCGGGGCCGACGCGGUGGUGCCCGACGUCGGAGCAGCUGAUGAUCCUGGAGGAGAUGUACCGGGGCGGCCUGCGCACGCCCAGCGCGUCGCAGAUCCAGCAGAUCACGGCGCACCUCGCCUGCUACGGCCGCAUCGAGGGCAAGAACGUCUUCUACUGGUUCCAGAACCACAAGGCCCGGGACCGCCAGAAGCUCCGCCGCAGGCUCUGCAUGAGCCACCACCUCCUCUCCUGCGCGCAGUACUACGCGGCGGCGCACCACGGCCACGGCUUCCUCGCCGCGCCGCCGCCCGCGCCCUACGUCUUCGACCAGGCCGACGCCGGCCAGCUGCUCUCCCCGACGUCGCCCACCCCAGCCGCUGCCGCUGCUGCUGCGGCGGCGGCGGCGGCUGCCUACGGUUACUACUACCCCGCCACGGCGGCCUUCGCUGCUGCUCCAGCGAGAAGAUGUGCCGGCGCCGCCACUCCCCCGUUGCCCACCCAACUAUUCCACUAUCAGGCCGCCGGAGGCGGAGGUACCGCGCCGGUGGAGGCGCUCGGGCGGCCGGAGUACUCGUUGGGGAAGCUGGACAACUUCGGCGUGGCGCCUGACGACGUGGUGGUGAGCUCCGCAGCCCCCGUCGACAUGGGGCCGCCGGGGUUCGAGGUGGCGCCGGCGCCGGCGGCCUUCUGCCGCCCGCUCAAGACGCUGGACCUCUUCCCCGGCGGGCUCAAGGAAGAGCAGCACGACGUACGUGGCCUGAUCAAGCAUUAGUUGCGGCGAUCAAGCAGAGCUAGCUAGCGACGACCUUACUCGACAUAAUUAAUCUGUCAUGUCAUGCAGUAGUACACUGACAUGAUCUUCUUAAUUAGCCAAUAGCCAUCUCUAUCUAUCUAGUAUCUCCUUAGUCCUUUUAGCUACAUAUGUCGCCGUCGUCGUCUCUCUUCUUGUUAUUUCUUAUUAUGUGUUUGAUUAGAGAUAGGAUGUACUUAGAGAUUAGUGCACGUCAACUGGACUGGAUAGUAGCCGCUAGAGUAGAAGAGGCCGGGAGAUGACGUGCAUUGAUUGCUUAGUGAGUUAUGGAAUGUGACCGUACGUACGUGUGUAGCUAGGCAUUCAGUAUGAGAUGCUGCAGCAGGGGUAGCUCACUAGGCUUUGCAGAGCUCAUUAACUGGUCGGGAUGGAGAUCAAACUAGUGUAAUGAUGAAAUGGAAUGU